CACUGUUUAUUCUCUCGUGCGCAUGUUUACUGGUUGUUAUUGCAUUUUUGCUGAACUCUUUACAGACAAGCGGACGCUCGCGUUUUCUUUACAAAGGCCGUCAUCUUGCUUUCGUCUGUUUUUUUUUCCUUUUUAAGACUAAGUUCGUUAAGAAGGAUGGAUUUUCUGUGGUUGUUGUGCGUGCUGCUGAGCGCCUGGUGCGUCUCUACGGAGCGCCACAGCGUCUACUGGAACAGCACCAACUCAAACUUUCUCGGUGACGAUUACACGGUGCACGUGCAUAUCAACGACUACUUGGACAUCAUCUGCCCGCACUACAAGCGUGGCGAGAUCCCGUCCCAGCAGGCCGAGCGCUACGUCCUCUACAUGGUGGACUUGGAGGACUACGAGGUGUGCAAGCCGCACUCGUUCGAUCAGCUGCGCUGGGAGUGCUCCAGGCCGUUUGCUGUCCACGCGCCUGAGAAGUUCUCUGAAAAGUUCCAACGCUUCACACCUUUCACGCUGGGCAAGGAGUUCCGCCAAGGAGAGAGCUACUACUACAUCUCCAAGCCUCUGCACCAGCAUGGGAGCGACUGCCUGCGGCUAAAGGUCAGCGUCGUCGGACCUCAGGGUUCCAAAAACCACAUAAAGACGACGGAGAAAGAGGAGGCGGCAGAGGGAGGGAAGCAUGGACGAACAGGCGCAGGAGGAGCGCAUAACCCAUCCAACAGGCUUCCGGCAGAUGACCCGGUUGCUAUGAUUCCAAUUGUUCAGAGGAGCGUAGGCAGCUCCGCCGUACACGUCACACCAGUCUCCUUCUUUGUCACGCUCCUUUCUGUCUUCCUCCUGCUCUUACACUGAGACCGGGCCAUGUGGACAUGCUGAUGGAGUUUUUCCCGGCGCUGGAACACCGGAUAUGAAAGACACUUUUUUUUUUUUAUACUCAGAUUUCUUUUUAUAUGACGUACGUGCUGGUGUGUAAGAUGUUGUGUGGCGUGUUUGUGUUUGUGCGAGUGACUUGAAAGUGAUUUGCUACGUACUCUUUGUUUUUAAAGAGGAACAUUACCUAACAGAUUUUCCCUUUUCAAUUUUUUUUUUCCACUUUACUCUGUAUAGUCUGUGUAAAAC